CUUAAAUCUGUCGUUUUAUCAACACUCUUUUCGAAAUGUUUAAACAAUUUUGUAUUCUUGUCUUAGUUAUUAGUGGUGACUAUAUUGUUUUAGGACAAUAUUUGAAUAAUUGUCAAAUGGGCGGUUAUCGUACGAGUGGUAGAAAGGUUUUAAAUGGUCCACUUUUAAUGGAAGCUGAACAUGAAUUGCGUACCGUUUUAAUGAAAAUAGCUGAAGAGGAUGAAGGACCAUUUUAUAGAGUUGGCAUUAUCUUUGGUGGAUCUGAACAAUUGGUGGCAGGAUCCUUAAAAACAGUUGCUGCUGAAUUAAUCGACUACAAUAAUAUGAAACACAACUGUGAGGUCGACAUGUGGACAAGACCAUGGUUAACGGAUGGUACUGAAGUGACAAUAAGAUGUGAAUGUAUGCGUACCGUUUUCAAACAUAUUGACUAUUAAAUGCAAAUAAAAUGUUGUUUCCAAUA